CUUUUCGGAAUUUGUUUUUUACUUUACUUUUCUAAAUUGUCGGCUGGUCAUGGUUUUUGUUGUGUUUUGUUUUUUUUUUUUGUUUUUUUUUUGGGGGGGGGGGGGGUAUGUACAUGUAUUUCCCAUGCAUUUCCCAAACUCUGUUAUAAAAAAGAUUGUACCUUAUAUGCCAUGUUGAUUUUUGUUUAUACAAUUAUUUUUUGUUAUUACUAGAUGGCCAAUCAGCGUGAGGGCAAAUGGACAUAUCUUACUCAACUCAGAAAAGGUGUGGUACAGCAAUGACAACAUGCCGUGCAAUGCAUGCACAUGCACUUCCCGAAUUUCUGACUGGCAAUGAAAGUACUAUACUUAUUUACAAUCGAUUAUAUUGUCGCUUUGAUUUCAAGCUAUUUUUUGCUUUGUAUUCAAGCAAAUUCGGGAAGUGCCUAUUGUAUACGGUUGUUAUACAUAUAUCUAGAUGCACUUUUACAAUUCUACCGUAACAACUUUUUACUAUCACUAAUCGUUUAAAGAAUUUUACUUGGUGCCGAGCCGUAGCUGUGCUAUAGUUUCGUUAAUCGUUGUUGCCACAUGUUAGCCUUAUUAAUCAUAAAGUUCGUCUCUAUGUAGAUGUCCAAGUCUACUGGGAACUUCUUGACUUUGGAGCAAGCUGUAGAAAAAUUCUCAGCAGAUGGUAAUUCUGGUUAUUCAUAUUUAUUAUUAAACUCAAACAGUCCCUUUUUUAUUUUGCGCUUAUACAUGGACACGGGGCCGUAGCUAGACGUUCAUUCAUGUUCACACACCGUAAAAACAAUCUCUUUCAAAAGAAAUCCGUCGGGCAGAACACGAAAAUGUGAAUAUGCACCCCCCCCCCCCAACUAUCGGUCUAGCUACGGUGCGAAUUGUCGGCCAGUGGCAAACAUUUACAGUAUUUGUGGUUAGUGUGACUUUAAAUGCCUUGAACAAGGAUUCGUGUCUGUUCUACAGGUUUACGUUUGGCUCUGGCUGAUGCCGGAGAUACAAUUGAAGAUGCGAACUUUGUGGAGAAAAUGGCAGAUGGCGGUAUUUUAAAACUUUACACACUUUUAGAAUGGCUCAAGGUAAGAACGAUCAACUUUUUGUACAGAACCGUAACUGAUCUAUACAGGGGUGGAAAAAAUAGGCGAGCACGCCAGCACUGCUCGCAUGAAAUGUUAAGCAGCUGCAGGAAAUUCGUCUGAAUGAAGAUUUGCUAUUGAAAAUAUGAAGGAAACCUUAAUACCAAUGCCCCAUGCAUGCUCUGUGGGCACAACAAUUAAGAUAUGGUUGACAUACAUUAUUCCUUGAAUUUAAAUCAUGGUCAGCUAGAACACUAUAUGUUUAUGCACAUGCAGAUUUAGCACAAAAAUGCUCAGUUGGUCUGCAGAAAAUUUUUGUCUCCAGGUUGUGCUCCCAGGAAGAACAUUAUUUUUUCCUGCCCUGAUGAUCUAUUAAGCGGCUGGGGCGUUUCAACCGAGGCGCUUAUAUACUAAGGCUUUCUAUUGGAGAAAUUUAUAUUCUUGUAUAGGGAAGUUUCAUAAUAGAGUGGAUAGAAGUCAAAUUCUGUCAAAUUCUUCAACAUUUAUUACUCUCACGCAGUCACGCUCCAACAUUAAUAUGUUAAUGACAUUUAGGGGAAAAGUUGUAAAGAACUGGGAUUUGCAGUACAGUAAACCCCCGCAUAUAAGAACCUAGCUUUUCCAAGUUAGCCUAAACAGGAUCUUAUGUAAAUGGUGCUUACCAGGAAAUUAGGCUAAACAGGUUUUUAAAUAGGUUCUUAUUUUCUUAAGAGAAAAGCAACUCAAUAUAAGGAGGUAUGGUAUAUGAUUUAUAUCAAUUAUGCACAAAUGAUCUAAAAAAUGGCAGUAUAUGAACAUAUAUGAACAUAUAUCAACCCUAUAUGCACUUUAAAGCCACACUGAUUGUAACUUAUGACUUAAUUUUGACUCUAUUUGAUAAUAUAAGAAUCUGUUUUGAAAUUCUAGCCUGAAUAGGUUCUUAUUUAAAGGGAGUCUAAAAAUAUUUUAGCCUAACAGGCUCUUAAAUUCUAGGUUCUUAUGUGCGGGGUUUUACGUAUCAGAAUAAUAUGGGUGGUAACUUAACUUCACCGGCCUCCUUCCCAAUCAUUUCGCGAAGUGUCCGUCACUACUGAAUAAAUUUCGUAUUGUAUUCAUUAAAAUAUUGGAGAUUUCAGUCCAAGAUUUAAAUCUUUCUAGGAAAUGAUUGAAACAAAAGAUGAAUUAAGAAGUGGCUCAAUGGAAUCAUUUAAAGAUCUUGUUUUCAUAAAGUAAGUCUAUCGUUACGCUGAAUAAUAAUACAUUAUUGCCUUGUUUUCACAACACGUUCAAUAAAUGAAGAACUAUUUAAAACACGCGCAGUAGUGUUUUAUCAUAUUUAAAAUGCGAGUGCGCAGCACGAGCAUUUUAGAUAUGAUAAAACAUGACUACUAAAAUGAUAAAACACGACUAUGAUAUGAUAAAACACGACUAGUGUUUUCAGUAGCUUCAAAGUUCAAACACGACUACAAUAGAUGCCGUCUCAUUAGUAUUCUUUGUAUAAAGAACACUUAUUAGGAUGGACCUUUAUAUAAAGAAUACUAACGAAGAUGAGUUUUAUCAUGUGUAAAGCCUCUUCACGUGACACAUUAUGGUUGACAUGAUUUGCCAAUAAGCUUAUGAAUUAUUAAUGAGUGUUUGAAAGGAUAGUAAUAUAUAAAUUGAUGUGGCACGUAUCCUCUUUUAGUUAAGGGUUUUUUCCAAUGGUAGAUAGUUUUGGAGUCUGGACCAUCCUUCCCGGGCUGUUUUAGUGAAUGUCUUUCAGUUCACACAUGUAUAAAAUUCACAUUCAAAUAUUCCAUCAAUAAAUCUUUUCCACAAUAAAUCCCUUCCACAUACAUGGUGCCCCAAUAACAUAAACUCAGAAAGAAACAUAACACAAUGACUUCUGUCGGGUUUCCAGCCCAUCACAUCUUGAUAGACAAUGUUUUAACUUUUUGAUGUUUGAAGAAUAGUUGUACUUUCUGUACACUGUAUUUAUAUUCAGAUUAGAAUAAAACACGGAUCCGGAAUGGCGGAGUAACCGAAUUGCGGUCAGACGAACCAACCUUUGGCAAUCUAGAUACUUCAAACAGCUUAGGUCUAUUUGUUAACAGCCAAUCCAAUACGGCAGAAUCUCUGGUUUUAAAAUAUAUAAGUUGUUUAAGAUGGUUCACCUGUGUGAUGUAUUUCAUUUUAAAACCUGUUGACGAGGGAUUAAAGUCACCAGUAAGUAAUACAAGAGCGUUAGGUUCCUUAAAGAGUAAUGAGUCAAGGUUAUUCUGCACAUGGUCUCUAAGGACAACAUUCUCAGGUUCUUUAUUAGAUGUUGAAUGAUAUAUUACUCCUAGAAUAAUGGAUGUAAUUUCUCUUGGGAGUUUAUGUGGUCUUAAUGAAAUCCAAAUUGAUUCUACAUCAGAUUGGUCACAUGAAUCCAGACGGUUACAAGGUAUUUCGUGAUCCAAAUAUACGCAGACUCCACAACCAGAAGAUCCUAUGCGAUCCUUACGAAAUAAGUUGAAUCCAGGGAUAGAUACACAAUGAUCAAGUCUUCCAGGUAUAAUCCUCAAUAAAUAUCUGAUUGUUCUCGUGGGCAUAUCAUUAGGGGUUGCAAGAUUUGUAAGGGUUGUAUGAAAGGCGUACAAAUGGUUCAUAAGUGGGUGAGAUAUCGCAUUAAUAUCAAAUAUGGUAUUCUUGGUAUUUGGAUAUGAUGGUUUAUUAAAUCUGGUAGUAGGAUUUGGGUGAUUUUGACUGGAGAUCUCGCUUACACUAACGUUAGUAGAAUUAAGAUCAUUCACAUCAUUAACUUCAAUAUCGACUUUUUUUACUUCAGUGGUUAGUGUGACGGGAAUAGGAUCAUUUGCUUGGUUGACUCCCUUUGUAUAGUGAACAUUCUUAAUGAUCGAGUGGGCAUGCGCCACUGUGGUAGCUUUGUUAUUAAACACCGGGUUUCCUCCUGGGAGAAUGCUAUUCUGUUUAGGCGUAUGUGUAGGAGUUUGCGGUCUUUUGUCUAUGUUUGUUUAAGUUCCACUCCUUCGUUAUCAAGCACAAUAAUCGGUUCGUCGCUCAGUCUACUUUGAGAAUGGACUAUAUCGCUGUCUAUCUGAGUCAAUACGGAUUUAGUUUUAUUCAAGCAAUUGUUGUGUGGGUCGACAUUUGCAUCCUUUUGUUUAGAGCAAUACUCAUAGGGCUGAUGAGAAUGUUGAUAUAAAAUUUUCAGAGUAGUUGUAAUUAAGGCUAGCUUUUUUCAUUCUCAAGAUCCUUUACUUUAUAAUUCAAAUUAGAUAAAGCAUAUUUAGCUAUGUGAAGACUAUCUUUCAAAGCAUUGCUUUCUUCCUUAAGUUUCGUAUUUUCUUGCCGUAACUAUUUACGCAUUCAAGCCCAUUAUUUAAACAGAAUUUUAUCCAUAAAUUUAGACUCAAAAUACUUCUCAAUUUUAUUACGAAAGUCAACGAACUGUGGAAUCGCAUCAAAAAUUUGUAUAUCGGCCACUCCCACAAACGUCUACGACCGCACCUUCAUAGUUUUGCAUGUUUACAAUUCUAAUUUUGAACAGAACUAAAUUUGGCUGUUUAAAAUUAGAAUUGUAAACAUGCAAAACUAUGUAGGCGCGAUCGUAGACGUUUGUGGGAGUGGUUGAUAUAUGAAUUUUUGAUGCGAUUCCACAGUUCGGUGACUUUCGUAAUAUCAAUUCUAUCAGUCGUAUUAGUAGGCAUGGGUGCAGUUUGAUCAAUGGCUUCGCUCAUACCUGCAACUUGUUCACCCAGACUAGUAUAUGAUUUUAUUGUAAACUCCAUGGAAAUAUCCAAGGGUUUUCUCAGCUAACUAUCAAUCAACUUGCACCAAUCUGCAACUUGCAAUUUAGGUCGUUCAUUCUGAAACUGGUUUUGAAUACGAAAACAGUUGUUAUUAAGGUGCUGAUUGCUCACGUGUAAAAUAAUCUUUACCUUUCCCUUUGCCAUAUAAGGAAGAGUAAUUAUGCAUGUAUUCCAAGUAUUUCCUAGUUUUUUCUUUGAAAUCGAAACAAGUGGUUUCUUACUUUGUCAGUGUCAUAAGGCGAGCAACAUCACGCAGCGAACAUGUCUUUGUUGUUCUUUCUCCUUGCUUGUGUUUCCUUAAGAUAUUCCAACGCCUGGCUUGGUGGCAAUGAUUGUAAGGAUCAGAGCGACUGCGUCUCUUGCACUAACCACAAAACUUGGUCCGGGGAAAAUUGUCGCUGGUGCCCACAAGACAUGGCAUGCCAUGCUCAAGGCAGCUUGGUAAAUAAAUGCUCGCGAACGGAGAAUAUCGUUAACCCUGAUGACUGCGACAAGAUCGUGCAUGCUAAGUACGACAAAAACCUUGCGCACAAAAUGAUCUAUCUUUGCGCGUUAGCAUACUCUGACGAUGUGGCCAAGUACAUACCGAAAGCAAGCGAAGUGGACACAUUUCACCUUGUCAAGCAGGUUACAAAGCCAUGUUCAGGAGGCGCUCUUUGCUCUGGUUUUGUUGCUGUCUCACACGCAGAAAAAGCCAUCGCUAUUUCAUUCCGUGGUACUCAGCAUUUUAAACAAUUAGUUAACGAAGUUCUUCGUAUACUAGUCGAGCCAAAAAAGUCGUUCGAAGCAGGCGGACAAGUUCAAGUGUACUUUUCGGACGCAUUGGAUGUUGUGUGGAACGACUUGCAAAAAUAUGUCAACGAAGAGAUGAACAGCUACCCAACUUAUAAAGUCUGGGUAACAGGACAUUCUCUAGGUGGAGCACUUGCAUCGCUUGCAAGUACACUUAUCAUGUAUAAUGGCAAGACAACGAAAGAUAACUUGAUGUUGUACACUUUUGGUCAACCCAGAGUCGGUAAUUAUGAUUACGCUUUCACGCACGAUGGUUUGGUACCGCUAAGUUUCAGGGUAACGCAUUACCGUGAUAUUGUUGUCCAUCUUCCAACCUGCAAGACACUGGUGCCUGGAACUCCGUGUAUUGCCUUAGGAGGCUGGCCUUAUCAUCACGGCAAAGAAAUCUUUUAUGGUAGCGAAAUCAUGACCAAAUCUUCGCCUUAUAAAACAUGCGAAGGAUUACCUCACAAUGAAGAUUUAGGUUGCAGCAAUAAUCCUGCAGUUUGGUCCAAAUGCCUACCCAUUGAGUUAUUAGCCUGUAUUGACGAUCAUAAGCAGUAUUUUGGCAUCUCUGUCGGAACAUGGUGGAAAAACCAAGGCAAGGGUAAUACGUCAGCCAUGAACAUCUCCUCUGGAUCGCACCAAUUGUUAAGUUUUUAUAUAAUUCCUUUUCUAUUAUUCUUUGCUUCCUUGUUUUUCUAUAUAUAG